AUGUGCCACAAAAUAAUCUCUUUCUGUCUAAGCGGAUGUGAUCUGAAUCCAAAGGCCACGUCCACGCGUAUAAUCGGUGCCAUUUGGUGGUUCUUCACACUCAUCCUCAUCUCGUCAUAUACGGCCAAUUUGGCCGCUUUUCUCACAGUCGAGCGCAUGAUUACACCCAUAGAGAGUGUCGAGGACUUGGCCUCACAGAGCAAAAUCACUUACGGCACUCUCGAGAGCGGCUCGACUAUGACCUUCUUCAGGGACUCAACCAUCGAGACCUACUCCAAGAUGUGGCGCUUUAUGGAGAACAGACAGGGAGUGUUUGUCAAGUCCUACGAGGAGGGCGUCCAACGGGUGGUCGACGGCAACUAUGCUUUCCUUAUGGAGAGCACAAUGUUAGACUAUAUGGUUCAGCGGAACUGCAAUCUCACACAAAUCGGCGGUCUGUUGGACAGCAAAGGCUACGGAAUCGCCACUCCUAUC